AUUAUUAGCCCCACGGAGGAUGUCACGGCGCCCACGGUCAAUGUGCUGGGCAUUCAGGUACUCGAUGAAUCCGACUGGAUUGACUUUGUGGCCGGGGUUGUUGGAAGGGGCCGCCCACGUUUUCUUCAGACCCCCCCGGUUCCUCCGUCGAAUGAAUCCCUGUACUAG